AUGAGCACCUACAAGCGCAUCCGCUCCAAUUCGACGUACGAAGAGGCGAACGUGUCCGCCUUCGUGGCCAGCUGCGUGGAGUAUGCGAGCAACGUGACGCUCCACGUGGCGGAGACGGGUCGCGCGCUGACUUCAAAGACGGGACAGGUGCAGACGGUGCUUGUGCUGGGCACGGAUGCGCAACUGAAGGAGAUGACCGCGAUGGCGGUGUGCCCGCACUACGAUGAGGCGGCGUGCGCUGCUGCCGCGACAGCGCCGGAGUCGCGUGCACACGUGGUGAAGGUGACGGCGACGUUACGGCUGCUGAUCGGGAAGGUGCCGUCCGUUGCGUCGCGCCACAACUGUGCGUCGCGGCCCGACCAGGUGAGCGAGAUCGUGAAGCAGGCGAUGGCGGAGUGCCCCGCCGCGGACGCCGAGGCUGGGCUGGACAUCUACUACGUGGGCAGCGGCUACGAGGUGAGCGUGGCCGUCGCGAUUGCGCGGUCGUGCAAGCAGUCGUUCACUGCGAAGCGCGGGCACGCGGAGCAGAGCUACCUGAACGUUGGCCGCCCGGUGCGCGUGGUGAUGCCGUCCGGCAAGCCGGCGCAGCUCGCUGUGAUUGCGCACUGCGUGCAGCUGUGCCAGCGGCUGGUGGACGCGCCAACGAACCUGCUGGACACGUUGACGUUCACGGAGAUCGCUGAGCGGUGGGCAGCAAAGCUGAAGGCAGCCGGCAUCGACGUGUCCGUGAACGUGAUCGCUGGAGAGGAGCUUCGCGAGCGUGGGUACGGCGGUGUUUACGGUACAGGGAAGGCCGCUGAGUACCCGCCGCACCUUGUGACGCUGUCGUACAGGCCGAAGGCUGGUAUGUCACCCAAGGAUCGGAUUGCACUUGUGGGCAAAGGCAUCGUGUACGACACGGGCGGCCUUUCGAUCAAGUCCCGCGAGGGCAUGUGCUCGAUGAAGCACGACAUGGGAGGUGCAGCGGCCGUGUUCUGCGGCUUGUUGUGCCUGGCGAUGAUGCGUGCGCCUAUUGAGGUGUCAAGCAUCUUGUGUCUCGCUGACAACGCCGUGGGCCCCCGCUCACAGCGGAAUGAUGACAUCCUGCGCAUGAAGUCCGGCGUCACUGUAGAGAUCAACAACACAGACGCCGAGGGCCGCCUUGUGCUCUCGGACGGUGUCUACCAUGCCUGCAAGGAGCUGAGCUACACGCCGAGCAUCAUUGUAGACAUGGCGACGCUGACAGGCGCGCAAGGCAUUGCGACCGGUCAGCACCACGCUGCCAUCUACACGAACUCAGAGGCCAGCGAGAAGCGCUUCGUGGCCGCCGGCAAGGCGUGCGGCGACUUGUGUUUUCCAGUGGUGUACUGCCCUGAGUUUCACAGCGCCGAGUUUGUCAGCGCUGUGGCCGAUUGCAAGAAUAGUGUGAAGAACCGCGCCAAUGCACAGGUGAGCUGUGCCGGGUACUUUAUUGGCAACAACCUGUCCAAGGACUACGAGGGCGAAUGGGUGCAUGUUGACCUGGCCGCGCCCGCGACCCGCGAUGAGGCUACGGGGUUUGGUGUCGCCUUGAUUGUGCAGACGUUUGCAGCGGAGCUGUUGUAG